AUGGGAGAACGUGCCACGUGGGUUGGGCAUGAUUGCCUCCUCAUAUGCAGAGAAAAGGGGGAUUACCCCCUCCUCUCUCCAUCCUCUCCCCAUCCUCUCCCCAUACUCUCCCCCUCCUCUCACCUGUUCACUUUCACAAAAACCGUCCUCAGGCCCCCAUCUCCCCCUUCCCCACCCCUCUCUCCACCGUCCCCUCUCUCCCCUCCCGUUUCCCCCCGCCUCUCCGCGUCUUUCAAGCCCCCCCCCCUUCCUCCCCCUCUUCCCCCGCCCCGUGCGCCGCGGUCCCCGCCGGUCCUGCCACCGCGCCGUCCGCCCAACCUGCCGCCCAGCCGCCCUCCAGCCGCCGACGUUGACGCUGAGCCUCCCGCAUCCGACAGAUCUUGCCGUCCAGAGCCCCACGCCUCUCCCGCGGAGGGACUGGCGCUGAGUUCCGGAUCGGACGGCUGA